ACAGACGGAGAAAGCGCGUGCCAAGCUGUUAACUCUGCAUCAACUCCGUUAAUCUCCUCCUCAUUCCCAAACACACUCCGUUAAACCCACCGGAACGAGAAACCUCCCAAUUCCUCCAAUAUCUCUCUUUGCUCGAUCUUUCCCUUCUUCUUUUUUCUCUUUUUUUUUUUUAAUUCUAAUUUUAUAUUUCAUAAAUUUUUAAUAUUUUGCUGAUAUUCCAAAUCUAGAUUUCUCUUCUUUAAAAGAAAACCGGUGUUUUGACCUUAUUUAAAUUUUUUGACUCCUCUCCUCUUCGAUCCGCCGAUUUUACCUUCAAUUGGCGUGCUUUCACACUUUUUGUUUCUUUUGUCAUGUUGAUUUGAUACUCUCUAUUUUUCAGUUUCUCGAAUCAUUUUUAUUAGGUUUUUGGUGGGUUUGUUUUGUUAUUGGGAGAUGGUGGAUUCUCCGAGUCCAAAUGGAGCUACGUCUCCGCUACAAUCGCAAACUACUACUUCUACUACUAAUAAGAGGUACGGUAUCACUAAACCAAUAUCACUUGCAGGCCCUUCUGAGGCUGAUCUUCUUCGAAAUGCUGAUUUGGUCAAGUUUUUGGUUGAUUCGGGGCUAUACGAGAGCAAAGAAGAGAAUUUGAAGAGAGAAGAAGUUCUUUGCCGUAUCGAUCAGAUUGUAAAAGAUUGGAUUAAGCAAUUGACACGCCAAAGAGGCUACUCAGAUCAGAUGGUGGACGAAGCAAAUGCUGUCAUUUUUACUUUUGGGUCUUACCGUCUGGGGGUACAUGGUCCUGGAGCUGACAUAGACACCUUAUGUGUUGGACCAUCUUAUGUGAAUCGAGAGGAAGAUUUCUUCAUUCUUUUGCAUGACAUUCUGGCUGAAAUGGAUGAAAUUACUGAGCUUCAACCAGUUCCAGAUGCUCAUGUCCCAGUUAUGAAAUUCAAGUUCCAGGGAAUAUCAAUUGAUCUUCUUUAUGCAAGUAUUUCACUUCCGGUUGUUCCUGAAGACCUGGACAUCUCCCAUGGGUCUGUGCUGUAUGACGUUGAUGAGCAAACUGUUCGAAGUCUUAAUGGGUGUAGGGUUGCUGACCAAAUUCUUAAACUUGUGCCAAAUGUUGAGCACUUUCGAACAACGCUUAGAUGUUUGAAGUUCUGGGCUAAAAGACGUGGAGUGUAUUCAAAUGUUACUGGAUUUCUCGGUGGUGUAAAUUGGGCUCUUUUAGUUGCACGGUUGUGCCAGCUUUAUCCCAAUGCAAUUCCUAGUAUGCUAGUUUCUCGAUUUUUCAGAGUCUAUACGCAAUGGCGCUGGCCAAACCCUGUGAUGUUAUGUGCAAUUGAAGAAGAUGAACUUGGCUUUCCUGUAUGGGAUCCUCGUAGAAACCCACGGGACCGAUUUCAUCAUAUGCCAAUAAUAACACCUGCAUAUCCUUGCAUGAAUUCUAGCUAUAAUGUUUCAAUAAGUACUCUUCGAGUAAUGAUGGAGCAAUUUCAGUAUGGUAAUAAGAUCUGUGAGGAGAUUGAGCUGAACAAGGCUCAAUGGAGUGCUCUGUUUGAGCCUUAUCUUUUCUUUGAGGCAUACAAAAACUACCUUCAGAUAGACAUUAUUGCCGCAGACGCUGAUGAUUUGCUGGCUUGGAAAGGCUGGGUGGAGUCUCGGCUUAGACAACUUACCUUGAAGAUAGAAAGAGAUACAAUUGGGAUGCUGCAGUGCCAUCCUUAUCCAAAUGAGUACAUAGACACAUCCAAGCAAUGUCCUCAUUGUGCUUUCUUCAUGGGCUUACAGAGGAGAAAGGGAGUAAGCGGUCAAGAAGGCCAGCAAUUUGAUAUACGCGGAACAGUUGAGGAGUUUAGGCAAGAGAUAAACAUGUAUAUGUUUUGGAAACCAGGAAUGGAUGUUUAUGUUUCCCAUGCUCGUAGGAGGCAGCUUCCGGCGUUUGUUUUCCCUGAUGGGUAUAAAAGGUCUCGCACAUCGAGGCAUCCGAACCAGCAGGCUGGCAAACCUAGUGAUGUUUCUGCAACAUCCCGGGCUGGGUCUGUUGAGGGACAUCUUAAGAGAAAAAAUGAUCAUGAAGUGGUUGACGUGAGACCAGAUAAACCAGAGAAACGGGCUUCUGUAAGCCCACAAAGGCUGCAGUCUGUUUCUCCAGAAAGUAAUACUAUUAGCUCUGGCAGAACAUCACUGGUUAGCUUUUGUGAAGGGGUGCCACUAGAGUCUUCAACCGUUGCAGAUGUUGAUAGCAAUUCUGAGGGAAAAUUAGAUAGAGGGCAUUCAGACAAUGGAAAAGUUACCUUCAGGGGUGUUGUGCAGGUGACUGAAACUAUUAAUCAUGAUCCUAGGAUAAGUGCACAGACUUCUAUGGAUUUGGAUGAUAUUCCAAUAUAUCUGAGUAAGGUAGAAGAAGCUGAAUGCAAAAUCAUGAACCCAGACCCCAAGCAAGAGUUGCUUGAUCCAUAUGCAACAUCAAAUUCUAUAAAUGGGGAAGCACCUAAGACCAUGGGUGAAGACAGAAUUGGGGAUCUGGUGUCAGCUUCCUUGCAGAAUGAGGAUAAUGGAUCUUCCAAGAGAUUGUUAAGUUGGGGAAGGGGUGCUAUGGAGGUUGAUGGAGAGCUAGUCAAACCAUGUAAUCAGACUGCGGUUGUAGAACUUGCUGAAAGUGUUAAAGGUUCAAAUUCCAGCAGUCAGAACCUCAAUUGUGAGGGUGAUAUACUUGCUGCUGAUUCAGAUUCACUGCUGGAGACUGAUUGUUUAGAUGUGAGCAGAUUAUCGCAAAGUGGCUUGCUCGAAAAUUUAGAGCCAAAUACUGAAAUGGUGAAGGUUGUAAAUUCUCAAGAUGGUGCUAGGUCAGAAUCUUUGCAGAAGCCAGUGAUAAGCAGGUUGGGCCUGAUGUGAAGUCAACAGCUCAACACUUGGGAUCAAUUAUUCGAAGAUUCACUGUUGUCAGAGGGAGAGAACCAGCAAUUUGGUAAGUGCAAACAUUUAUUGCUGGUUUCCCAUCAGUAUACCAGGUUUCUGCGCGGGCUCUAUCUUAUGGAGUGGGCGAGGGCAUCAACUGCGUGGGGCUUGGUGUUUUAUGUUGUGCUGCCGAAAGCGAAAGCUUGAUUUCUGAAGGAGCCAUUGAACUCACUGGUGCUUGACGACAUUCUCUGCUGUUUUAGAUGAUUCACUUGUCCUUGUUGGUCUGGGGUAUUUCUUAGGGCCCUUUUUCAUCUUUCUUGCGGUUAUGGGUAAUUCCCGUCCUUUAAAUCAAAGGAUGUGUAAAUGAAACAAGAUCAAGUUCAGCUUCUUGUUUUAAAGGGGAUUUGCAUACUUCCGUGUGUUUAGGCCUUUUCUGCGUCUUUUUAGGCCACUGUACACUACCCUUGUAAUAUAAGUAUGAUGAGCUUUUUCUUUUCC